GGGUCGGCGGUGCCUGAUGGAACCUCCCGCUGCUGCUCCUGCCGCUGCCAGCCCGGGCAGAGUCGCCCAGCUGAAUGGGGCCGGCCUGGAGGGGCUCCGCCUGCCGGCCCCCACCCUGCCCCAGGCGCAGCCCCCGGCCCCGGAGCCCAGCCAGCCGCGGGAGACGUGGGGCGGGAAGUACGAGUUCCUGCUCUCCUGCCUGGGAUACUGCGUGGGGCUGGGCAACGUCUGGCGCUUCCCGUACCUCUGCUACCGCAACGGAGGCGGGGUCUUCCUGAUCCCCUACACGCUCAUGCUGGUCUUCACGGGCCUGCCCCUCUUCCUGAUGGAGCUCAGCCUGGGCCAAUACGGGGCCACGGGGCCCGUCAGCAUCUGGAAGUGCUGCCCGCUCUUGAAAGGGAUCGGAGUCGGGAUGCUGGCGGUCUCCUCCCUGGUCUCUCUCUACUACAACGUCAUCAUCGCCUGGACCUUCUACUACCUGAGCAAGUCCUUCCAGAGCCCCCUGCCCUGGUCCUGCGACGCCCCACCCAACCGGCCCCUCUGCCAGGCGCAGAACGGGACUUUGGUGAGGAGCCGCCCGGCCAGUGCCAGCGAGGUCUUCUGGAACCAGCGGGUGCUGGGGGUGGUGCACAGCUCCGGCCUGGGCGACCCCGGCCCCGUGAGGGAGCCCCUGGCGCUGUGCCUGCUGCUGGCCUGGACCGUCAUCUUCCUCUGCACCCUGAAGGGCAUCCGGAGCUCGGGCAAGGUUGUGUACUUCACGGCCACCUUCCCCUACGUGGUCAUCGUGGUGCUGGUCAUCCGGGGAGCCACGCUGGAGGGCUCCAUCGAGGGCAUCCGCUUCUACCUCUCUGCAGACUGGAGCCAGCUGAAGAGCGCCCAGGUCUGGAACGACGCGGCCUCACAGGUCUUCUACUCGCUGGGCAUCGGCUUUGGGGGGCUGCUCUCCAUGGCUUCCUACAACAAGUUUGACAACAAUGUGAUCAGGGACACGCUGGCGAUUGGCCUUGGGAAUUGCUGCACCAGCUUCUUUGCGGGCUUCGCCAUCUUCUCCGUCCUGGGGCACAUGGCCUGGCGGAAGCAGGUCUCGGUCGGAAGGGUGGCAGACUCAGGACCCGGCCUGGCUUUUGUGGCCUACCCCGAGGCCCUGGCGCUGCUGCCGGGCUCCUCCUUCUGGUCCAUCCUCUUCUUCCUGAUGCUCUUCACCCUGGGGGUGGACACGCUGUUUGGAAACAUGGAGGGCAUCACCACGGCGGUGAUAGACGAGUUCCCGUCGCUGCGCGGCUGGAGGCGCAAAGCUCUCUUUCUAAGCGGCCUUUGCUUGGCCUUCUACCUGCUGGGCCUCCUCUUGAUCACGGAGGGCGGCAUCUACUGGUUUACCCUCAUCGACGCCUACAGCACCAGCUUCGGCCUCAUCAUCGUGGCUCUCUUCAUGUGCCUCGGGGUCACCUGCUGCUACGGGGUGAACCAGUUUUGCCAAGACAUCGUUGACAUGAUCCGUCAGUGCCCGCCCUGGUGCAGCCAGCUGGUGCCGUACUUCAAGGCCUGCUGGGUGAUCGUCACGCCGGGGACGUUGCUGUUCAUCCUCUUCUACGUCUUCCUGGACCUGUCAGGCACCAGGCUGCACUACGGAGCGUACCAGUUCCCGCGGUGGGGCCAGGCCCUGGGCGUCUGCGUGGGGGUGCUGAGCUGCAUCCAGAUUCCGCUUUGGGCUGGCAUCGCCCUUUGCAAGGAGUCCGGGACACUGGCAGCUCGCUUCAGGAAGGCCAUCCGUCCUCGGAGCUCCUGGCGUUCGGCCAGCAGCCGGCAACUGCCCCACCAGGUCAUCGAUGUUCCGUACACCGUGAACUUGACGGUCAGCGACUUUGUGGGAGUUUGGCAACUGCCAGAUCACAGCGAGGCCUGAGGUUGUGGCCAACGCAGGAGGCGGCGGCAUCUGUGCCGGUCCCCUUACAACUCAGAUCCGACGGGCCACCCUUGCCGUCCCUUGGAGGGGGUUGUGGUCAAACAACACUGCAGGAGAUGGUGCUGCUGCUGCUGCGUUGGGCCACCCUUGAGGCUGCCGGUUCCCCCCCCCCCCCCCCCCCCCACGAGCCCAGGGGCUGGGCCGGAGCUGCCGCUGGCCCACCCCUCAAUCAGGCAGCCACUGCUCCAGAGACCUUUCAGGGCAGCUUUGCCCCGUGUCCGAAAUCGGCCGGUGUCCACUGGUGCUUUGCUGCCCCUUGGCAGUUCUCCUCACCCGCCUGGAGUAUAGGAAGUCCUCAACCUA